AUGAAGAAGAUAACGACUUACAUCAAGGACGGAGGGGUUACCCUAGAUCUUUGGAAUCCUUUGGUUCUUACACACGAAUCCGAACUUUUCGUAAAAACUGCCGCCGUGUUUUGGAAUUAUAAAAACGUUCGCGCAGGUUACAACAACUACAUUUCUGUAGAUGGGAAGAAAGUUAUGAUGGAUGAAGGAUACUGGACGUUUAAACAGCUACGAAAAAAAGAUGGAGGAAAACGGACUGACGUUCAAGAAAUAUACCGACGGAAAAUAAAGAUCGACUUCGAUAGCGGGACGAAAAAAGUGGGUCUUCAAAAUCUCACAGGGAUUUUGGGCUACCGGUCCUCCAACGGUCCUACGUACACUCCACACAUCAGCGACCGUCCCGUAGAUAUUCACAACGGUUUGCGGUAUCUAACGGCCAGCUGUAACCUCGUUAACCGUGAACACAACAUCGAACCGGACGGAAAUCGGAGUGUUAUCAUCACCUCUUUUCCGAUCGAUCGAACCAAACCUCUUUUCGGAACCGUGACUAAGUACAACGACAUUGAAAGUCAGGUACGGGUAGACGCCGGAAGGUACAGCAAAAUCCGGUUCGAAAUCGGAUCCACUACAGGGGUUGUUCCGGGAGACGUUUUUGUUAGAACUUUGAGUGAAGAUAUCUUCCGCAACUACUAGGGAAAGAAUUACGAGAAAGUGAAGUCGGCAACACCUAUUGAAAUCCGGAAAAUGAAGGAAAAUUUUAGGAAAAAGUAUCCCAACGCAACCCUGUCUAAAUUCGACUUUGAGGUUACCUUUGCCAAGGACGGAACAAUGGAGCCCAGAGACAUCUUCUACAAAGUGGAUGAUCUGACAAGCUACGACAUUACGUCCGAUACGUUCCGUACAAAUCCUGAGUGGACGAAGUACCUCCAUUGGGUAGAGGGAUGCCGAAGCCUUCUUCCUGACAUGAUUUUUCGCCUGAAUAAGAACUUUAAAAUGAAUGUGCACAAUUUCAAAAUUUAUGUUACGAGACCGAAAGUUUUAUAACAAAAUUAGAACCCAUCAAACGGUGUAUGAUAAGCCUAUGAACACCUUCAUCAACAUACUACCGUUCGACUAUCACUCCAAUUCCUACUUUUGCUCUCUGGCUGCAUCCUACGUUGCUAUGUUUAAGUGUGGAAUUUCUGAGGAUCAUCUUACGAAUAAUAUUCCCGACUCGCACUCCAAUAUAGUAAGCUCCAUCGUUCGCUUUCACCUCCAUUUCCUCCUUUCGAGAUUGCGUAAUCCCAAACUUCUGGAUCAGUACAUAACGAAGGAUGAUAUUCGAACCAUUCGAAAAUUUACACCCGUUCACGAAACGUGGGAAAGGAGAACGGACUCUUCCAAUGCAAACCUUGCGACAUGUUACUAUGAUAAGCCUGUGAACGAAAGGGGGAAGAAUAAGGCGUCAGAAAUAUCGUCAGACCAAAUACGGAGGCACAUUUAUCGAAUACGAAUACCUGACCGGCAGGUCCCCCUACAGCGUUGA